AUGACGAUGGCUCGGGGUACGCUGUUGCUCCUGCUGAUGCAGAUGUUAACUGGAUGGUCAGUUUCGCAAACAACACCUGGACCUUCAGUGAGACUGGUCAACUCUGCCAGCCGCUGCUCUGGCAGAGUGGAGAUCUUCCACAAUGGCCAGUGGGGAACGGUGUGUGACGACUUCUGGAAUCUGAAUGACGCUCAGGUGGUUUGUCGACAGCUGGGCUGUGGCAGGGCUGUGGAGGCACCACAAAGGGCACGCUUUGGACGAGGCACUGGACAAAUCUGGUUAGAUAACCUUCAGUGUUCAGGACGUGAGUCUUCUUUGCAAGACUGUCCACAUGGCGGAUUAGGGAACCACAACUGUGCUCACUCUGAGGAUGCUAGUGUCAUCUGUGAAGCUGGGCUGUGGCCGGGCUGUGGAGGCACCACAAAGGGCACGUUUGGACAAGGCACUGGACAAAUCUGGUUAGAUAACCUUCAGUGUUCAGGACGUGAGUCUUCUUUGCAAGACUGUCCACAUGGCGGAUUAGGGAACCACAACUGUCGCCAUUCUGAGGAUGCUAGUGUCAUCUGUGAAGAAAUUGCUCCUCCAACACCAAGUGUUCCAGUGAGACUGGUCAACUCUAACAGCCGCUGCUCUGGCAGAGUGGAGAUUUUCCACAAUGGCCAGUGGGGAACGGUGUGUGACGACUUGUGGAAUCUGAAUGACGCUCAGGUGGUUUGUCGACAGCUGGGCUGUGGCAGGGCUGUGGAGGCACCACAAAGGGCACGUUUUGGACAAGGCACUGGACAAAUCUGGUUAGAUAACCUUCAGUGUUCAGGACGUGAGUCUUCUUUGCAAGACUGUCCACAUGGCGGAUUAGGGAACCACAACUGUGGUCACUCUGAGGAUGCUAGUGUCAUCUGUGAAGGUAAGUGUGUUUCCACACAUGUUCCAGUGAGACUGGUCAACUCUAACAGCCGCUGCUCUGGCAGAGUGGAGAUCUUCCACAAUGGCCAGUGGGGGACGGUGUGUGACGACUUGUGGAAUUUGAAUGACGCUCAGGUGGUUUGUCGACAGCUGGGCUGUGGCCGGGCUGUGGAGGCACCACAAAGGGCACGUUUUGGACAAGGCACUGGACAAAUCUGGUUAGAUAACCUUCAGUGUUCAGGACGUGAGUCUUCUUUGCAAGACUGUCCACAUGGCGGAUUAGGGAACCACAACUGUCGCCAUUCUGAGGAUGCUAGUGUCAUCUGUGAAGGUAAGUAAAUUGCUCCUCCAACACCAAGUGUUCCAGUGAGACUGGUCAACUCUAACAGCCACUGCUCUGGCAGAGUGGAGAUCUUCCACAAUGGCCAGUGGGGAACGGUGUGUGACGACUUGUGGAAUUUGAAUGACGCUCAGGUGGUUUGUCGACAGCUGGGCUGUGGCAGGGCUGUGGGUGCACCACAAAGUGCACGUUUUGGACAAGGCACUGGACAAAUCUGGUUAGAUAACCUUCAGUGUUCAGGACGUGAGUCUUCUUUGCAAGACUGUCCACAUGGCGGAUUAGGGAACCACAACUGUCGCCAUUCUGAGGAUGCUAGUGUCAUCUGUGAAGAAAUUGCUCCUCCAACACCAAGUGUUCCAGUGAGACUAGUCAACUCUAACAGCCGCUGCUCUGGCAGAGUGGAGAUCUUCCACAAUGGUCAGUGGGGGACAGUGUGUGACGACUUGUGGAAUUUGAAUGACGCUCAGGUGGUUUGUCGACAGCUGGGCUGUGGCCGGGCUGUGGAGGCACCACAAAGGGCACGUUUUGGACAAGGCACUGGAUAAAUCUGGUUUGAUAACCUUCAGUGUUCAGGCAGUGAGUCUUCUUUGCAAGACUGUCCACAUGGCGGAUUAGGGAACCACAACUGUGCUCACUCUGAGGAUGCUAGUGUCAUCUGUGAAGAAAUUGCUCCUCCGACACCAAGUGUUCCAGUGAGACUGGUCAACUCUAACAGCCACUGCUCUGGCAGAGUGGAGAUCUUCCACAAUGGCCAGUGGGGAACGGUGUGUGACGACUUGUGGAAUUUGAAUGACGCUCAGGUGGUUUGUCGACAGCUGGGCUGUGGCCGGGCUGUGGAGGCACCACAAAGGGCACGUUUUGGACGAGGCACUGGACAAAUCUGGUUAGAUAACCUUCAGUGUUCAGGAAGUGAGUCUUCAUUAAGAGACUGUCCACAUGGCGGAUUAGGGAACCACAACUGUGCUCACUCUGAGGAUGCUAGUGUCAUCUGUGAAGGUAAGUAAAUUGCUCCUCCAACACCAAGUGUUCCAGUGAGACUGGUCAACUCUAACAGCCACUGCUCUGGCAGAGUGGAGAUCUUCCACAAUGGCCAGUGGGGAACAGUGUGUGACGACUUGUGGAAUUUGAAUGACGCUCAGGUGGUUUGUCGACAGCUGGGCUGUGGCAGGGCUGUGGAGGCACCACAAAGGGCACGUUUUGGACAAGGCACUGGACAAAUCUGGUUAGAUAACCUUCAGUGUUCAGGACAAAUUGCUCCUCCAACACCAAGUGUUCCAGUGAGACUGGUCAACUCUAACAGCCGCUGCUCUGGCAGAGUGGAGAUCUUCCACAAUGGCCAGUGGGGAACGGUGUGUGACGACUUGUGGAAUCUGAAUGACGCUCAGGUGGUUUGUCGACAGCUGGGCUGUGGCAGGGCUGUGGAGGCACCACAAAGGGCACGUUUUGGACAAGGCACUGGACAAAUCUGGUUUGAUGACCUUCAGUGUUCAGGGAGUGAGUCGUCUUUGCAAGACUGUCCACAUGGCGGAUUAGGGAACCACAACUGUGCUCACUCUGAGGAUGCUAGUGUCAUCUGUGAAGGUAAUGUUCCAGUGAGACUGGUCAACUCUAACAGCCGCUGCUCUGGCAGAGUGGAGAUUUUCCACAAUGGCCAGUGGGGAACGGUGUGUGACGACUUCUGGAAUUUGAAUGACGCUCAGGUGGUUUGUCGACAGCUGGGCUGUGGCAGGGCUGUGGAGGCACCACAAAGGGCACGUUUUGGACAAGGCACUGGACAAAUCUGGUUAGAUAACCUUCAGUGUUCAGGAAGUGAGUCUUCAUUAAGAGACUGUCCACAUGGCGGAUUAGGGAACCACAACUGUGGUCACUCUGAGGAUGCUAGUGUCAUCUGUGAAGGUAAGUUGAGACUGGUCAACUCUAACAGCCACUGCUCUGGCAGAGUGGAGAUCCUCCACAAUGGCCAGUGGGGGACGGUGUGUGACGACUUGUGGAAUUUGAAUGAUGCUCAGGUGGUUUGUCGACAGCUGGGCUGUGGCAGGGCUGUGGAGGCACCACAAAGGGCACAUUUUGGACAAGGCACUGGACAAAUCUGGUUAGAUAACCUUCAGUGUUCAGGACGUGAGUUUUCUUUGCAAGACUGUCCACAUGGCGGAUUAGGGAACCACAACUGUGCUCACUCUGAGGAUGCUAGUGUCAUCUGUGAAGGUAAGUUGAGACUGGUCAACUCUAACAGCCGCUGCUCUGGCAGAGUGGAGAUCUUCCACAAUGGCCAGUGGGGAACGGUGUGUGACGACUUGUGGAAUCUGAAUGACGCUCAGGUGGUUUGUCGACAGCUGGGCUGUGGCAGGGCUGUGGAGGCACCACAAAGGGCACGUUUUGGACAAGGCACUGGACAAAUCUGGUUAGAUAACCUUCAGUGUUCAGGACGUGAGUCUUCUUUGCAAGACUGUCCACAUGGCGGAUUAGGGAACCACAACUGUGGUCACUCUGAGGAUGCUAGUGUCAUCUGUGAAGGUAAGUUGAGACUGGUCAACUCUAACAGCCACUGCUCUGGCAGAGUGGAGAUCUUCCACAAUGGCCAGUGGGGAACGGUGUGUGACGACUUCUGGAAUUUGAAUGAUGCUCAGGUGGUUUGUCGACAGCUGGGUUGUGGCAGGGCUGUGGAGGCACCACAAAGGGCACGUUUUGGACAAGGCACUGGACAAAUCUGGUUAGAUAACCUUCAGUGUUCAGGAAGUGAGUCUUCAUUAAGAGACUGUCCACAUGGCGGAUUAGGGAACCACAACUGUGGUCACUCUGAGGAUGCUAGUGUCAUCUGUGAAGGGAUGGACUGACAUCAUAAUGGAGUGAGCUGAUAAACACUGACAAGUGAUUAUUUUGAUUUUUGUUUUUCCUUGAAUGAUUUACUAAUUCACUUCACUCAAUUCUUUAGUGUAAUUUCUCAUAUUUUACCCUUGUACUUUUGGGUAAUAUAAUCAUAGCAAUGAAUAUUUGAGUAUUAAUACAAAUGAUGAAAUGCAAA